AUGACGUCUCGCGUUCCUCCCGACGGUGUCUUCGUGCCGGUACCAACAUUCUUCAAGGACAAGCCCCAAGCUCCCGACUUACAACCUGCCAUCGACGUGUCCACACAGGCCAGCCAUAGCGUAUACCUCGCCAAUUCAGGCAUCACGGGACUGGUACUCAUGGGCUCUACUGGCGAGGCCAUUCACAUGUCGAGUGCUGAACGUAUCAACCUGAUCUCUGGUGUACGUAAGGCUCUGGACGUGGCAGGGUAUAACGACUACCCGAUUAUGGCGGGGGUACUCGUCAACAGCGUUGACGAGGCGCUUCAGUGGCUUUCCGAUGCUCAGCAGGCGGGAGCACAAUGGGGACUUGUUCUUGCGCCGGGAUAUUUUGGCGGUGCCGUGACACAGGAUAACCUAGUGGAGUGGUACACCUUGGUCGCUGACAAUAGUCCUCUGCCAAUACUUCUUUACAAUUAUCCUGGUGUAACGAAUAACUUGAUAAUUUCCAUUGAUAGCUAUGUCAAAUUGGCACAGCAUCCUAAUAUCGUUGGCUGCAAGAUGUCCCACGGAAACGUCUCUCACCAUGUUCAACUAUCUCUUCACCCUGAAGUCGACCAUUCCAGGUUUCGUGUCUUCUCCGGCUUCGGCCAACAACUCGGGCCGAUAGUUAUCUUCAAUGCCGCAGGUGUAAUCGAUGGUCUCGCAGCUAUUUUCCCCAAGACCGUGACUCGCUUGUUUUCCCUGUCGGUCAAACGACCGCUGGAUGAAUCAGCCCUUUUAGAAGUGCAGAGGCUGCAAUGGAAAAUCUCUAUGGCUGAGGAAUUUAUUGUCAAGCAUGGUGUUUUAGGUAUUCGCGAGGGCAUAUUCAGGGCCCCAGGCUUUGGACAUUUAUCUGGAGGACGGCUACCAUUGAGAGGGGUAUUACCAGAAGGGAUAUACAAAGACUGGGCUGGGGUUAUUGGACAGAUAGAAACUGAGGAAAAGAAGCUUUAG